AUGUUUUCCUUGGGUCGGAACCAUGGCUUCGAGCCGCUCGUGAAUGUGGAAGACGGGAGCCCUAGAAGCUCCGGGGAGGCGGCGCAGGACUCCGAGUCAUGUAGCUGCCUUCGGAUUAAGCUGGCUUCCCGGAAGAUCUCGAAGAAAAAGGCCGCCAGAAACAGCACUCGUCAUGAAUCUUCGGAAAUCAAGGCCCCCCAAGCUCUAUUCAAGCUGAUGCUGCUGUUCCUGCUCUUCGCUGUGGGAGUAUGUGUCAUUGGCUUGAAGUUCAAUGUGCUGGCCUUGUGGACGCAGUAUUGGAUCUACUUGCUGGUCCUUUUUCUCACUGGAAUUCUCCUGCUCGUGGCGGGGAUGAUCAGCCCCAGAUUGUACGCAAACCUCUCCACGAGCGAUUCCUUAAAGGCAAGCUGGGCGAAAAUGCAAGUUCUGGCUAAAUUCCUCUUUCCGGUGAUCCUUUUCUAUGGAGAUGUGAUGAGCGACGUCUUGCUGAUUUUCAAGUUCUGGGGCGAGGGCAUGAGGGAUUACGCGAUUCUCAACUUUUUGGCCAUUCUCGCUGGCUCCACUGCCUCAGUGGUGAACGGUGUCGAAAAUGCCUCGCUGGAAAGCCUCCUGCUCACAGUGGUGAUGUUUUUUCAGCUGACGCCUUUGGCAGUGGGUCUGCAGUCUAUCGGGCUAUUUUGUGCCGCAGUCGAUUCCAGCGGGACAGACCCCAGGUACAAGAACUUAGUGGGGUACCUGCGUGAUCGAGGCUGUGACACACUCCUUGCACAUGCACUGGUCGGAGAGGCAUUCACGGAAGCACUUUUAAGUACAUUUCUGCAGACCUAUGCGCUCCUGCGCCACUCCAUAAGCUGGACACUUUUGACUGAAAUGUCUUUAGUCUUCAGCAUCGGAUCGAUCGUGAAGUCCUUUGCCAAGUUGGACCUGCGUGGCCACGUGUCCCGGGAUAUUAAAGGCCAAGCCAUAGUCGUGGGCUUGGCGGAGUGGACGUCUGUUCCCUUCAUCCUGGUUGUGAUCUACCGGCUCGCGGAAGUAGCAAGCCAGGUCCUGUUCUUUCCGCUCUUUCAGCUGGUCGAAGAUCGCCACGGGGUGAUCUUUGGUCUUCGAUGCAGCGGGGUCCUGUUCUGGCUGAUGGACCUUGUCCUGCAAGCAGCCCUGGUGUAUCACAGCACCCGAAACCCAAAGAAGCUUCUGUGGGCAGUCCCGAACACCAUCGGUGCCUUUGAGCCCAUGCUGCUGGCGGGCUCCGAAGCAGUCUUUUGCACCUCGGCACGUCUCCAGGUGUUGAUCCACUUCUUCGAGCUGGUCUUGGCCACUGCUUUCGUUUGCUUCUUCCACACCCAAAGGGUUUAUGAGUUUUAUCUGGAGCACCCCCGCAUCAUCUGCGGCUUGCUCAUUUGCAACGUGAUCAAGUACGGACUCUUUGUCUUCAUAAGGACGUUUUCGGCAUAUCCAGUCAUGUGCUCGGAGGAGUUUCCGUUCGCGAAGAUUCUGACAAAAGACGCCAUCGCAGUUGCCGAUCUUGCUGACAAGCGCGUGCCACUAGAAGUGUUGAUUUACUCAAACUUUAGUUUGGACAAGGGGACGGACCGAAAGAAGAUCUUCGAUGCAAUGAACCGGCAGAGAGACGGAUUUCGCGACGACAUGGCUGGCAAUGUUUGUCAUUUGGUUAGUCGUCUCGCCCACAACCAUAGCCGGGAGAAGAAGGAGUCGUUGAUACAUGAUGACGGUGCAGGCGAUGCGGUCCUUGCCGCUGUGGACAUGCACAUCGAUGAUGAGCAAGACGAUGUCCCGGCGCUAAGGGGGGCCUGCCGAGCCAUCCUGAACUUGACGGUUGGCAGCGCCAAAAACAAGCGUUUCUUUGCCGAGCGUGGUCCAGGGCUGAUGUUGAAGUGCAUGCAGAAAAAGGACCGGUUCCUCCGCAGAUAUGCCUGCUUCACUCUCGAAGCUUUGGUCGCGGACGAGGACAUUCGUGCCAAAAUGUCACAACACUUGGAGCCCAUCGUCGGCAACUUGCAGGCGGAGCAUCGGGCUGACAAUCUGCUUCAAACAGCUGCGUGUGGACUGAUUGCCAAACUCGCCUGCGAUGAGGACCUCCGGAAGGAGCUGGUGAAGGGCAGGGAUGGCAGGGGUGGUUGCACGGCCGAGGUUGUCGAAAGCAUGCGCCAGCAUCCCAACGACAUGGACGUCCAGCGCGACGCGUGCUAUGCACUUCGGAUGUUAGCACCGGCCUUCGACCCGGACACACAAUUCGAGCUAUUAUCUAUGGGAGUGCGCGCAGAUAUCCGGAAGGCUAUGGAAAACCACAGCAAUCAGCCGUCCUUGCAAUACGAAGCGUGGAACCUGUUGCAGAGUUUGGAUGCAGGUGGUGCUGGAAGACACGUGUAUGCAUUGGAAGGCGAUUGCUCUCCCGGUGGCUUGAUGCAUUUCCGUGAAGGCGCAUCAAGGUCGCGUGCAGUGAGCAAACCUGAUUGA